AUGUCGACCAUGGUAGUGUCAACCCCCGCCCAAUCAAUAGUAUCCCCGACUAUGGCCCCUAAUGUAUUAAAGCAACACGAGGCGUUCGGUAAAUUAAAUUUGUCACCCGAAUUUAAAAGACUUAUGCGGGCGGCCGAAAUAAUUGACAAACAUUACUCCGAGGGGGGGUGGGAGUUUCAACAGAGCCAAUGUAGGGCCAAAAUCGGACAAGGGUAUAGUUUGACCCACCAUCAACACGCGAGGAUUUCGUCCCCUCAGAGAAAGACUGCGAACCCCAACGAAUCGCCGAUAGCUCAAAAUGAACCGAAGCGAAUAACUAACCCUACCCCAGAAAACCUAGCACAAAACAGCCAUUCUACUAAGGAAGACGAGGAUUCCCAACGCGUACCGUCAAAGAGACAACGGGCCUUAGACUUUGAAUCGUUGAGCAGUAAAAGCGAGAGAAAUAGCGAAGUAAGGAGUAGGGCAAGUAGGGGUAACGUUAGUAACUAUAACGUUAGUGGUCAGUCUGGGGACAGCAGAAGCUAUAAGAGUCAAGAGGACUAUGAAUUUAGGGAAGUACGGAGAAAGAAAAAUCGGGACAGAAAGAACACAAAUAGGAGUAGUAGUGAGGAUGGCCAGAGAAAGAGAGAGUCCAGGGAAAUGAGAGUCAACAAUAGAGAUAGUAGAGCAGAUAAUAGGGACAGGAGGAGGGGAUACAAGAAGUCGGAAGAAAAUAAGAGAAGAUGGAACAAUUCUUUGGAUUCUUCCAGUAACUCGGAAUCCGAAAGUGAUUCUCAGAUAAGCCAGAGCGAGGAUCGAGAAGAGAAUGUAGUAGAAUCUAUCCGUAGGUCGAAAGUUCUUAAAACUUUGAAAGAAUGGGAUUUAAAAUUUAAGGGGUACGAGAAUGAGAAUGCGGAGGUAUUUCUAGAAAGAUUGUCGGACUGUAGGGACUGUGCCACACUCUCUGACAAGGAUAUACUCCAAACACUCCCAAUUAUUUUGCAAGGGGAUGCGAUUAUUUGGUUCCGUACCCUUCGUCAUGAAUUAAAAACGUGGAGAAGUUUCAAACGGGCCUUUACAAACGAGUACUUGGUGAAAGUCGAUAACGAGGAAAUUAUCGACGAACUAAAAAGUAGGACCCAAGGAAAGGACGAACGAAUUUCUUCAUAUUUGCGUAGCUUUCGAGUCAUCCUGGGACACAUGAAGUACCCACUUGACCGUAAGAGGCAAAAUAAAAUCGCUUUCAAAGGAUUAUUACCCGAGUACAGGCGCCAUCUGGAUCGCCAGAAGUACGACUCACUUGGCCAGAUGGAGAAGAUUCUGAGGAAAUUCGAGAAGACGAGAAGUUUGGACGAGAAGUAUGUGCCCCCUCCACCAAAAGAGAAAAUGCUUUUCCCAUCGGCCGCGUACAAAGGAAAAUCAGAGAAAAAGGCCGGAAAUAAGAGUGCAAAGAGCGAGAAGGUAGCAGCACUCGGAAAUGAAUCGGGAUCGGAGAAACAGUCGAGUGGGAGUAACCACUCCACUAAAAAGAAUAAAAAGAAGAGUAAGGCCAAGAAAAAUGAGAAAGCCCAAGGUCAGGACGCGGUGGACGCUAUAAAAAAGGUAGCGACCCCCACCGUUAGCGCUCAAGGGACCAACGAGACGACCGACCAAACGCAGCCGCAGUUUGUUUCGUUGCCGAUACAAACGUUUGCAGCUAUGGUAGCAGGAGGACCCAGACCUAAUUUCCCCAAAGCAUUUGGACAAAAAGGGGGAAAAACGGGGCAGAGUGGCGCUCCAACACCAGCAAGUCCUAAACAAUUCUUGGGACCUUGCUACACCUGCCAGACGGUGGGACACCGUGCAUCGGAAUGUCCCAAACGCGUUUGUUUCGCUUGCCAACAACCAGGACAUCAUGCGAAGAAAUGUCCUAUGAGACAACCUCAAGGGGAGAGUUGUCUAGUGUGUAAAACCCCGGGAGUGACGUUCCUAACCUGUACAAGUUGUGCAACACUUAGGACAUGUUUGGGAAACGGCACGUGGGGGGCACAACACCCUUUUGUACCCCCCCUCUGCCCGAAGGGAUCUUAG